AUGUAUUCCUUUGAGCUCAGCUUCCCUGGAGCUUUAAAAGGGACCCCCGUGUCCGGGAUCUGGUCUCUGGGCUUGGGCAAGCCGCCUGCCAUCCUGUCCUGGCCGUGGUGCUGAGGAGGGGGGCACCAGCCUCGCCAAAAGGUCAACCAGGGGAACUCGUCUGCCAGCUGGACCAGGAGACCGAUGGACCCCCAAACCAACAGGAUGAGCACCCUUCCUCCCAGCCCGCUGGCGCUCGAUUACCUGGACGACUUUGACCUGCUGAGAUUCGAGGUCAAGCAAGAGGUUUCCAGACCCGGCGGGGGCGCCUCGUCCUUGAGUUCCACCCCGUGCAGCUCGGUGCCACCUUCGCCCACCUUCGACAAAGCCGGAGGGGACCCCAAGUCCACCCUGGAAGAACUCUACUGGAUGGCCACGCUCCACCAGACUCUGGCGGCCGCCGUGGGGGGAAGCCCCGAAGGCCAGAUGGUGCCAGGGUUGGACGAAGCCGUGGAGGCCCUCCUCGGGGUCCCCGUGGCGGAAGCGGGCCUUCGUGGCCGGGCGACCCCCCAGCUGCAGGGGUUCUUAGGAGCGACCGAAGCUCUCGGGACAGAGCAACAGCAGGUGCCGCUGCUCUCCGACUGCUUCUCCGACGCGCAGCUGGUCUCCAUGUCGGUGCGAGAUCUGAACCGCCAGCUCCGGGGUUUCGGCAAGGACGAGGUCCAGCGGCUGAAGCAGAAGCGCCGCACCCUCAAGAACCGCGGCUACGCUCAAUCGUGCCGGUUCAAGCGGGUUCAGCAGCGCCACGUCCUGGAGGCCGAGAAGUCCCAGCUUGCCCAGCAGCUGGAGUCCCUGCGGGUUGAGAUGGCCCGGGUGGCUCACGAACGUGACAUCUACAAGGCCCGGUGUCAGAAGCUGCUGGGAGAUGCCACUGGGGUUCACGGUGGGGAGGGGGCAGAGCCGGUGACCCCUCAGUCGACCUCCUCGCUGACACAGUUUUUCCUAUGAGCAGCCCGCGGUGCUCCCCCCUGCCC